CUGUGGCCAGACGCUGAGCAUCCCAGCAAGGCCAAGGUUGACAGCGGUAGGGCUGCGGUGCGGGCGCGGGACGUAGUAGGCUUAACGUUCCGCGCGCUCCCGCACCGACCAUUCUGCACCUCGCAGUCGACUCUAACGGUUGUUCAAGUGAAAGAAAAGCCGCAGCAAUGGUGGACGCCGCAACCAUCGAGAAAUUGGAAGCUGGAUUCAGCAAGCUCCAAGCCUCCGACUCAAAGUCGCUGCUUAAGAAGUACCUUACCAAGGAAGUAUUCGAUGCUCUAAAGAACAAGAAGACUUCCUUUGGCUCUACACUCUUGGAUUGUAUCCAGUCUGGUGUUGAGAACUUGGAUUCUGGUGUUGGAAUCUACGCUCCUGAUGCUGAAGCGUAUUCUGUAUUUGCUGACCUCUUCGACCCCAUCAUUGAAGAUUACCACAAUGGCUUCAAGAAAACCGACAAGCACCCAGCCAAAAACUGGGGUGAUGUUGAGACCCUUGGCAACUUAGACCCUGGCAGUGAAUUCAUUGUUUCCACACGUGUCCGCUGUGGCCGUUCUUUGGAGGGUUACCCCUUCAACCCCUGCUUGACUGAGGCCCAGUACAAGGAAAUGGAAGAAAAAGUUUCAUCAACUUUAUCUGGUCUUGAAGGCGAACUUAAGGGUACUUUCUUCCCCCUUACUGGCAUGUCUAAGGAAACUCAACAACAACUUAUUGAUGAUCACUUCCUCUUCAAGGAGGGUGACCGUUUCCUCCAGGCUGCCAAUGCUUGCCGCUUCUGGCCCUCCGGCCGUGGUAUCUACCACAAUGAAAACAAGACCUUCCUGGUUUGGUGCAAUGAGGAGGACCAUCUCCGCAUCAUCUCCAUGCAGAUGGGUGGUGACUUGAAGCAAGUUUACAAGAGGCUAGUGACCGCUGUCAAUGACAUCGAAAAGAGGAUCCCCUUCUCUCACCAUGACCGUCUUGGUUUCCUGACCUUCUGCCCAACCAAUCUGGGAACAACUGUGCGUGCUUCCGUGCACAUCAAGUUGCCCAAACUCGCAGCUGACAAGGCAAAAUUGGAGGAGGUUGCGUCGAAAUACCACUUGCAGGUGCGUGGAACCCGCGGCGAGCACACCGAGGCCGAGGGUGGAGUUUACGACAUCUCCAACAAGAGGCGCAUGGGUCUUACCGAGUAUGACGCCGUCAAGGAGAUGUACGAUGGCAUCGCUGAACUGAUUAAAAUUGAGAAGUCCCUGUAAGCUUCGAUCUCGUGCUAUCAGUAUUUUUUUUAUAUUAUUUAUCGUUUUCACGUAAGUAUUGGAUGUUGGCUGGGCUGCCGGGCGACACUAGUCAGCGGCGCUCCAUUGGGGCGUACGGGCACGCGGGCGGCCCUAUAUACUGUUUUUCGUAAAAGUAUUUUCUAUAAGGAAAUGGAAAAUAAAGACAGCUAGCGUUAAGACCA